AUGGCGUCCGGCCAGUCCUCCGAGCUUCCCAACCUGGUGAACCUCAUCAAGACCCUGACACUGCCGCAAUUGAAAGAUUUACUACGGAAUGAGGGUCUCCCAGUAUCUGGGUUGAAGGCGGCAGUACAAGUGCGCAUUAUUGAUUAUCUCGAGCGACUCUGUCAUUCAGAAGGGAACAGCAUUCGAUAUGAUACUUUAAGACAUCGCAUUCUUCAGACUGGUCUACCUGGAUCUACGGUUUUCCAGGCCAAUCCCAAUCCCCAGUUUCAACAUCCGACUAUCUCGCAGCCAUCACCAUCCCAACCUCAAACUGCAUUGGGUGGCUCCAUGUCACCUCAUCCCCAUCCUUCUGGUCCGAUUGGCUUCAAAGAGAGUCCCUUUUUCACAGUCCUCAAAUCCCUUACACCGGUCGUGGAAUGCAAGGUUCGCGAGCAAACCAGGGAUAGUGUAGAGCUCAAGAUUUUUCUUUCUCAAUCCCAUAUCGCCGAUCUUGAAAAAGAUGCCAAUAUUCGGGUGAUGGUCUACUGUACAGCCGACUCGGGGCUCAAACAGUACACCAAGUCGGAUAUCGCCUUUCCCCACCAAGUGGAGCUGAAAGCGAAUCUAGACGAAGUUAAAGCCAAUCUGCGGGGGCUGAAGAACAAACCCGGUACCACCCAGCCUGCAGACGUGACGAACUAUUUACGCAAGAAAGCCAAUUACCCAAAUAACAUUGUGAUGACUUAUGCGUUGACCCAAAAGAAAUUCUUUGUGCUAGCCAACAUGGUUAAGCAACACCCGGUGGAGGAGCUUGUCGCCAAAUUAAAAUCACGCAAGCUUAUCUCCAAAGAGCAGGUGCUACGAGAGAUGAAAAACCGCGCGGAUGAUUCUGACAUUGUUGCCACCUCAAGCAUCAUGUCUCUUAAAUGCCCUCUAUCAACCCUACGCAUCCAGGUCCCUUGUCGCUCGGUGGUAUGCACUCAUAAUCAAUGCUUCGAUGCAUCCUCUUUUCUCCAAUUGCAGAAACAAGCACCGACCUGGACCUGCCCCGUGUGUGCCAAGUCCACCAGUUUUGAGUCUCUACAGGUAGAUCAAUAUGUGGAUGAAAUCCUUCAAUCUACCGAUUCAGAAGUGGACCAAGUGGUUGUGGAGCCAAGUGGUGCAUGGUCCAAGCUGGAUAACUCGGACACCGUGAAGCUGGGUGGAGUGACUCCGGGAACGGACGAGUAUGACGAUGAUGAUCUGAUUGAGAUCAGCGAGUCGGGGAACGGUGCCGUGAAGCAGGAACCUAUGCCUUCCAGUACUCUACUAGAGCGGACACCUGCUCAGUCCCGAGAAACGUCAACACCGUCCUCGAUGGCUCGUGUGUCCAGCAAAAAACGCUCAGCAACGGAAUUCAUCGAUCUCACCGGUAGUGAUGACGAUGAUGACGAAUCUCCUGGCCCGCCGCUGAAACGACCAGCAUUGAGCUUUGCAGUUCGAGGAAUUUCGUCGCAAGAUCCUCACCAACCCGUGGCCAGCAGUCCUCUCAGUGGCCGGUCUUAUCCUCCAUCGCACUAG